AUGGCGGAUGCUGUCGUCUUGCUUCUGUUCCUUGUGCUCAGCCACAGCUUGUCCUGUUCUUCUUCUCCUACUACUAGUGUCCCUGUCGUCCGUGCAGCAGUAGACGACGCGGAACACGAGUACACCUUUGUGGCGAUCAGCUCGCUGAAGCCCAAAGCUGCUUGCACCGGACACAGGGUGUCUCCACCUCAUGGUCACCAGAACGCCACGUGGCUGCGAUUGAGUCUCUCCCAUGGCCCCUGCUCGCCGCCGUCGUCGCACCGCCGCAAGGGGCCGUCAUUGGCCGAGCUGCUACGGCAGGACGAGCUCCGCGUGCAAAACAUCCAGAUGACGCUGCUAUCUGCUGGUGAUGACGACAAUGCCGCAGACGAUGAGAAGGUCAAGAAGCGCCCGGCGAAAAGCACCACAACUGCUAUGGAACACGGGCCCGUAGUCGACGUCAACGUCGGCUCAGCAAGUAGCAUUUCCACGUCUAGGAUUGAUACGAUGGCCACCGGCGGCGGCGGCAGGAGGAGGCGGAGCAUGCCGGGGACGGUGCAGACGAUGAUGGUGGACACCGCCAGCGACGUGCCGUGGGUGCAAUGCCACCCGCCGCCGACGGGCGGCAGCAGAUUCUUCGACCCAACCAGGUCGCCCACCUACGCCCCCUUCCCGUGCGGCUCGCCGGCGUGCGCGCGUCUCGGCCCCUACGGCAACGGCUGCAUCAACGGACAGUGCCAGUACCGCGUCACCUACCCCGACGGGUCGUCGACGCUGGGCACGUACAGCUCCGACCUGCUCACCAUCACCCGCACCACCGCCGUCCGCAGCUUCCAGUUCGGCUGCAGCCAGGCCGAACAAGGCCUGAGCCAGGCCAGCACCAGCUCAUCCGGGACCAUGUCGCUCGGCGGCGGCCCGGAGUCGCUGGUGUCCCAGACGGCGGCCACCCACGGCAACGCCUUCUCGUACUGCGUCCCGCCGACGCCCAGCGACGCCGGGUUCUUCGUCCUCGGCAAGCCGCCGUCUUCCAGGACGAGGACGUUCGUGGCGACGCCGAUGCUGAGGUUCACCCAGGCGCCCACGCUGUACCGGGUCCUCCUCCGCGGCAUCACAGUCGCGGGCAGCGGCUCAACGUGCCGGCGACAGUCUUCGCCGCCGGCUCCGUGA